AUGGAGGCUGCGCGAAGAGGCGCGGCAGAGGCACGCGAGGCCCUCCGCCAGUCUGCAGAAGUUGGCCAGCUGCUUCUCUCCAGGAAUGAGGCCUUGGAGCAGGAGCUGGAGGUGCUGCGGCGAAGCACGGCCACAGAGGCCAGCCAACGCCAGAGGCUCGAAGAGGAGUGCCGUCGCCUGGAGCUGGAGCUCGAGAGGGACGGAAAGGCGAGGCGGCUGCGCUUUCAGAGCGUGGCCUCCGCGGACUCUGACGAGGAGCUGAGCAUGGAGCAAAUGAAGCAGCGGCUGAAGCGCUCCGAGCAGAGCGAACAGGAGCAUAGAGAAGCCGCCUGCCUUGCGGAGGAGCAUGCCGCUGCUUUUGAAGAGAAGCAUCAAAAGCUGGAGGAGGAGUACCGCAGGCUUCAGGUGGAGUGUCGCCAGCUGAGGAGCCGGCGCAGCAUGCGCACCAGCAGCCCUGGGCACGAGGUGCGCGAAGAAGAGGAGAAGGAAGACCUGGCACGGCAGCGGUGGCGCCGGGCAGGUACUGAGGUUGUAAAACGUCUCAGCGCCGGGAGUUUGAGCUUCGAAGAGCCAAGCCCAAGCCCCAAGCCCCCUUCGCCAACCUCCGUCACUUCACCAUCGCGACGCAGCGAGCGCAACGAGGAGCUGGAGCAGCAGCUCAGCAAUCUGGCCAUGGAGCGGGACGCGGCUCGUGCUGAGAAAGCAGCCUCGGAGAGCCACGCUCAGCAGCUGGAGGACGAGGCCACCACACUGCGGCUUUUGCUGGAGGAGGAAGCCCAGCGGACCGAGGCUCUGGUGCAGCAGGUUGACUACCUCGCGGACCUCCUCGAGGAGCGGCAGGCGCAGAGUGGUGCCCAGGACAUGCUGAAGUCUUUGGGCCUCUCGCGCGAGCCCUCUCCAGAGAGGGAGACACUGUCGACGCUGGAUGCCAAGGGGCAACAAGUGCGACAGGGUGAG